AUGGAGAGACGGAGGAAACACACGUUUCUGCUCCAUGGCACGUAUGCUGAAGUCAAUACCAGAAAGAAAACAUUCACUGAGGUUCAAACAGAACGAUUGGAGCAAGCAGAACGGACUGUUUUAAUUAAGUGCCCACCAAAACUUAAUGAAAAAAAAUUAUUGCAGUAUUUAUCCAGUCAUGGAAACAUUAAGAGUCAUUUCUUUUUUGAAAGUCGUGGUAUCCAUGCUUUAAUAGAAUUUUCGGAAAAGAACAGUAUAGCCUCAUUGCAGGAUGCUGUUGGACUCCCAAGUGCUGCAGACCAUCAUGUUGUCCCAUUUAAAUCUAGACUUUUUACUUUCACACUGAAAAACCCAGUGAGUCAAGCUGCUGAAGAGACACCAGUUCACCUCUCUCCUCAGUCUCACAUUCCAGUGAAAGAGCUUAUUCAAAAGCUUUGUCAUGCAGACAGUAUAAGCAAUCAGAUGUACAUUCUACUGAAUGAGUAUCAGCUUACAGAGGAAAAUAUCAAGCUUCGAUUUCUGGCCUGUUCUCUGGUUCGGGAUUUCGCACGGGCAUAUUUUCCAGACAGCACGGUAAAGCCAUUUGGCUCUUCAGUCAACACCUUUGGCAAAUUGGGAUGUGAUGUGGACAUGUUUCUGGACUUCCAUGAUGAACGAAAGCAUGCUACAAAAAUGAAAAAAGGUCCUUUCGAAAUGGAGUAUCAGAUGAAAAGAUUACCAUCUGAAAGAUUAGCAACUCAGAAAAUUCUUUCUGUGAUUGGUGAUUGCCUUGAUAAUUUUGGUCCUGGAUGUGUAAGCGUACAGAAGAUACUCAAUGCUCGCUGCCCACUGGUGAAAUUUUCUCAUCAACCAACAGGAUUCCAGUGCGAUCUGUCAGUGAGCAACAGCAUUGCUAUAAAAAGUUCAGAACUCUUGUACAUCUAUGGCUGUCUUGAUUCACGUGUACGAGCACUAGUGUUCAGUGUACGAUGUUGGGCCCGUGUUCAUGGACUUACAAAUAGUGUUCCUGGUACCUGGAUUACAAACUUCUCUCUGACCAUGAUGGUCAUGUUUUUUCUGCAAAAGAGAUCACCACCUAUCAUUCCAACACUAGACCAACUUAAAGCAUUGGCAGGUGAAAAAGACAAGCAUGUAAUUGGAGGAUGUGAUUGCUCAUUUGUUAGUGAUUUAAGCAAGAUUAAACCUACAAAAAAUACAGAAACACUUGAUGUAUUGUUGAGUGACUUUUUUGAAUAUUUUGGAAACUUUGAUUUCAGAAAGAAUUCCAUAAAUCUUCGAAAGGGAAAGGAAGUAAAUAAACCUGAGUCGUCUCCUCUUUAUAUCUGGAAUCCCUUUGAACAAGACCUUAAUAUCAGCAAGAAUGUUAAUCAGCCACAGCUGGAGAAAUUUGUAGCUAUGGCCAGAGAAAGUGCCUGGAUUUUACAGAAGGAAGGGAAAACUCAGCAAAUGAUCAAUAAAGAGCCUUGGGGACUGGCAGCCCUACUGAUACCAUUUGGAAAAACUAAUCCCAGCAAGAUGAAGAAUAGAAUGAAAGGAAUAGGAAGUGAAACAAUCAGAACCCUCUUGGACUCUUUAAAGUUAAGUAAUGCAAACAGUCUACAAAAAGCAGUGGGAAAGUGACUUUCAGCACAGAAACACAGUAGCUGAUACUCUGGUUUAGGAAUUGAAUGUGACACACAGUCCGAAGAACAUUACUUUUAAUAUUUCUAUUAUGGUGAAAUGGAGAGUCAAAUGACCUCUGCUUUCCAUUGUGAUGCUUUCUGUACAUGUCUGCUUGCUUUCUGUACAUUUUUCUCCUCCUUACUCUUCAAUUUUCCAUCAGUUUUAUGAAUGAAGAGUAUUCAAAUGCAAGUUUUACAGAUACGUUUUGGAUGCAGCCUUCAGUUGGGUACUCUUUAAAAAAAAAAAAAGGCGAUGACUAACAGGAGCAGCAUGGGAAAAAGCCUUUGGAAAUUCUGUUGGUAAACAUACAAAUAAUAUGCUAAGUAAAAGCUCAAGAAACAACCACCUUUCAGUGAAA